UUGAAAAUGGCGCUACAGUCUGUCAGUUCCGUUUUCUGUCUCUUUUUAACAGUUCUUUUGUGACAGUCAGCAACGAAAAUGGUGAACGUACCAAAAGUUCGUCGUACUUUUUGCAAAAAAUGCAAAGUACACAAACCCCAUAAAGUAACCCAGUACAAGAAAUCCAAGGAAAGGCAAGCUUCCCAAGGCAGAAGGCGUUAUGACAGGAAACAACAGGGUUUUGGUGGUCAAUCCAAACCCAUCUUGCGUAAAAAGGCAAAAACCACCAAGAAAAUCGUGUUAAGAAUGGAAUGUUCAGACUGCAAAUACAGAAAGCAGAUCCCACUUAAACGUUGCAAGCAUUUUGAACUUGGAGGUGACAAGAAACGCAAGGGUCAAAUGAUCCAGUUCUAGGUUAUUUGACGUUGUAAUAAGUUAAUAUACAAAUAAAACAGUUUAUAUAACUUAAAA